GAAAAUAAUGACCAGGAAAAUAAUGACCAGGAAAAUAAUGACCAGGAAAAUAAUGACCAGGAAAAUAAUGAACAGGAAAAUAAUGAACGGGAAAAAGCUGAAUACGGAAAUGACGAAUACUUUACAGAGUGA